CCCAAUUCAACCAACCCCUACUCCACUCCUCUUUCCUCCAUCAAUAAGUAGUGAACUUCACGCUUCAUUAUCCAUCCAUCUUUUUCCGAUCUGUCUUACUUUUUGUUGCUGAAUUCAGGCCAUUUUGUCAGGAGGUUGCAUAGCAGGUGGAAGGUGUAAAAAUGGUGAAGAUCUGUUGUAUUGGGGCGGGAUAUGUCGGGGGUCCAACGAUGGCUGUGAUUGCCCUGAAGUGCCCCUCGAUCGAAGUGGCUGUUGUUGAUAUCUCUGUGUCACGCAUCAAUGCGUGGAACAGCGACGAGCUCCCGAUUUAUGAGCCAGGUCUUGAUGAAGUGGUGAAGCAGUGCAGAGGGAAGAACCUUUUCUUCAGCACUGAUGUUGAGAAACAUGUCUCAGAAGCAGACAUAAUCUUUGUUUCUGUCAACACCCCGACCAAGACUCGAGGCCUUGGGGCGGGCAAGGCUGCUGAUCUUACCUACUGGGAGAGCGCUGCUCGAAUGAUAGCGGAUGUGUCCAAGUCCGACAAGAUUGUUGUGGAGAAAUCAACUGUCCCGGUGAAGACAGCCGAGGCAAUUGAGAAGAUCCUGUCCCAUAACAGCAAGGGAAUCAAGUACGAAAUCCUCUCGAACCCGGAGUUCCUAGCUGAGGGGACUGCAAUCGAGGACCUUUUCAAGCCCGACCGUGUGCUUAUUGGAGGGCGGGACACCCCUGGGGGGCAGAAGGCGAUCCACGCCCUCCGGGACGUUUAUGCUCAUUGGGUUCCACAAGACAGAAUCAUCUGUACUAAUCUGUGGUCAGCAGAGCUGUCGAAGCUCGCUGCUAAUGCCUUCUUAGCUCAGAGGAUUUCGUCUGUGAACGCGAUGUCAGCCCUGUGUGAGGCCACGGGGGCUAACGUCACACAGGUCUCCCACGCUGUCGGGAGGGACACCCGAAUCGGGCCAAAAUUCCUAAAUGCCAGUGUAGGUUUUGGAGGGUCUUGCUUCCAGAAGGACAUUCUAAACCUGGUUUACAUCUGUGAGUGCAAUGGUCUGACAGAAGUUGCAAACUACUGGAAACAAGUGAUUAAGGUGAAUGACUACCAGAAGAGCAGGUUCGUGAACCGCGUCGUGUCCUCCAUGUUCAACACGGUCUCUGGCAAGAAGAUUGCAAUUCUCGGCUUCGCUUUCAAGAAAGACACGGGCGACACGAGGGAAACCCCCGCCAUCGAUGUCUGCAAGGGGCUCCUAGGAGACAAAGCCAAUCUCAGCAUCUAUGACCCACAGGUAACUAUGGACCAGAUUCAGAAAGACCUGUCGAUGAACAAGUUCGAUUGGGACCACCCGAUUCACCUGCAGCCAAUGAGCCCCACCACCGUGAAGCAAGUGAGCGUAGCGUGGGACGCUUACGAGGCAGCUAAGGACGCUCACGGGCUCUGCAUUCUCACCGAGUGGGACGAGUUCAGAGCGCUCGAUUACCAGAAAAUCUUCAACAGCAUGCAGAAGCCAGCGUUCGUGUUCGAUGGGAGGAACAUUGUGGAUGUGCAGAAGCUGAGAGAAAUUGGGUUCAUAGUUUACAGCAUUGGCAAGCCUUUGGAUUCAUGGCUCAAGGACAUGCCUGCUAUGGCAUAAAAUUAAGACAAAACUAUGAAGGGAAGAUACAGUUCUUUCAUUCUUUUUCUCCCUUUCCUGCAGCAACAUACUUAUUUUGAUUCCCAAUUACUACUAUAUCACUUGUUAGAUUAUUAAGUGUUCAUUUGUCAUGGUUGCAGUUUGAAAUCUACUUUUUGUGACAAAUCAAAUAAAACAUUGUAACUAGGACUUAUAAUGCUAUCAAUCAACUAUUGCAGUUUACAUCUCUAAA